AUGGCUGACACUCCAGAUGAACCAUUGCCCAGCUUUCAGGCUUCCCUGCCCCUCCUUCUCCAGUCAUGGCUAUCCGAUCUGUUCGGCCGGCGGUUUGUCCUCUUCCUGACCAUUGCUUUGACGAUGGUCGGGGCCGUGAUCGAGGCCACCGCGCCCAACUGGAAGGUGUUUGCCGUGUCCAAUGUCGUCAACCUCCUCCCGAUCCCGCGCGAGUCACCCGUGGCAGGCAAGAUUCCUCAUCGCCUUCGUUAUCAUCGGUGUCUGUGGCUCGACGGUGUCUGUGGGCCGGGCGCCGUCGGGUCAGGGCUUUGGAAUCACCUCGCUGUCUUGUCAUCUACUUCUUUGCCCCGGGAUUACACUGGUCGCUCGUACGCGCAGCUCGACGAGAUGUUCAUCAACAGGGUCCCGACGCGCAAGUUCUCCCAACUCGUCUGCUCCGGCGACUAUGGCUACGACCUUACUGAGGAACAACAGGUGCAGUAG